AACAGAUACAUACAACAGCCCAACAACACACCGAUCUCCAAAUGAUGAACUGCGGAUGACCUAACUUAUCUCAACAACUGCUCACUCCUCGAUGUUGACCCUGCCAAGACCUUCUGAUCGCGCGGUCUUUUCCUCGAAAUGACCAGUCAAAAGAGAAGGGCAUCCCAGGAGCUGAACCGCAACUCGACCGAAGUCCUGGAGCCUGUUCAAGCCCCCACUACUAUGACCACCAUCAGCGACGCGAUCUCUCGAGCCUGGUCUUGGUGUAGAGAUUGGUGCACAGGCUGGUUUGGGGUUCCAACUUACACCACAAUGAGCUAUACAUCAAGCAAGAUCGUCGCAGAUUCCCAUAUACAGUCAUCUCAAGAGAGGGAUGAUGGUGCAACUGCGCUCAAGCGUCAGAAGCUGCGGCCCACAAAUCAAUCCAGAUCGAGGUCGGUUGUCGAUGAGCAUCGAAAGGCGGGUCGCGGGAAACUGGAUUAUACAGGCUGCGUUACCGAGGAUGAUUUCCAGCAGCGCAUCAAUGACUACUGGGCUCCCCCGGAGCUUGGCUUGCUCAAGGCGAGCUCGAAACCCGAACCAAGGGUAGAAGAACCAGAGCCAAAGGCAGAAGAACCAGUUUCAGACGAGAGCAAAAAUUCGCAAGGGUUCCUCUAUCGCAGAUAUUCCGAUUCCUUCCAUUCACCAAGCACUGGCGAGCUCAUAUUGCCUCCCGUCCGCGCCCCUGGACCUAGGCUCAGCUUCUCACUCAAUCCUACCACCCCAAAAUCUGUUCAAAGGUCCCAAUACUCGUCACGGAGCAAAUAUAGAACGCCAGACAAUGGGAUUACUUUGGAAGAACGGCUGAACAACCUCCUCCUCACUCCCGAGGAUGAGAAGGAGCCCGCGUUAUUGAACCCUUCGGAAUUUAUCGCUGAGAAACGCUCAAGGCUGGCCAGAGAGCGGAAAGUCAAGGAGAGGGAAGCUGCUAUCCGUGCAGCAAAAGAACUCAGGCUUACUAGACGCCACCCACUGAAAGCCCUGGUACAACCGUUAAGCCCUGCCUGGGAAAGUGCUGUGAACGACGCGCAAUGGACGAACAGCCCGCAUCGUGUCAUUACCACCACAAUUGGAGGAACAGAACUUCGUCUGAAAGAUUUCCAGACCCUUCUGGGCCAUCACGCUUGGCUUAAUGACGAAAUCAUCAACGCGUAUAUUGAAUGGAUCGUGGAUGCUGCCAACCGUGCAGCAGCAGCUGACCCGUAUGGUUCUGGCGAAUCGGCCAAACAAGUACCGAAAUUCAUUGCCCACAACAGCUUCUUCUACGAAAACCUCAUCAAGAAAGGGCCGGCCAGUACGCAAGGCCUGAUGAGAAGGAAAAAGGCACCUGGCACAUCUUUAAUGGAGGUAGACUCCGUAUUUAUCCCGAUAUGUAAAGGGAGUCAUUGGACCGUUGGUGUAGUGCGGCCAAUAGCCAAGACCAUCGAGUAUUUUGAUAGUAUGGGAGGCAGUCCACAACAUUUCGUCAACCUUAUGCGAAGUUGGCUCAAAUUCCAGCUUGGAGAUGCAUACAUCGAAGAGGAAUGGAAAACCCCCCGGACUGCGUGUGCUCGUCAGAACAACGGAUAUGACUGUGGGGUGUUCGUAUGCACAAACGCUUUCUGUGUCGCUCUCGGGCUUGAUACCUCAUGCUACAGAGAAAGCGAUAUGACACAGCAGCGGAGGAAUAUUGCUGCUGUGCUACUUAAUCGGGGGUUCACUGGUGAUUUCGAAUGGGCGAAAGGAGGUCUUAUUUGAAGGGAUAUGAUUCUUGGCGUUUUGGGAGAAGGAAUGCGAAAGAUACCCUUAUUGUUUGAUUAUUGGUUAUGAAGGAUUCGGUGGCCUGGACUGGAUAGGAGGAGACAACGGCAACGAGUAUUUAGGGUACGGUACCUACGUUAGGCAUAAAAAUACAAGCCAGAAACGUUAGAAUUGCCCAAC